GAGAAUCACUUUAUUUUGCCUCAGCUACUUCCCGUGGAAUCACUGUUUAGGAGAAGCUGUUGUGUUUCAAACUCUAAUUGGCCCUUGUCCCCACCUAAAAGUCCACGGACAUCCCUUAAAAGUCAUAAGCAUCAGUGAAGAUUGUCAGUGCAACAGUUGACGGAAGUUUGGACACACGGAGAAGAAGUGCAAUUUUCUUAUAUGCAUUAAACGCAUAAAAUUGUGUGUUUUGGGACAAGUGACAAUCUGGACGUUGCUCAGUUCAUCGAAAUAUUUAUGUAGCAAGGGUGACUUCGAAGUAAACUGCCAGGACAGGAUAUCGCCAAAGCUCUCAUCGAGAUGGCUAAUUACGAAAGCUCAACCGAUAACAAUCAGGUGAUAACGGUACAGCCACCGUCACCUGUUCAACCCCCACAUCAUCACACCGAAGGCAAAAGGAAGGUGAGCAUUGUAACGGACCACGUUGAGGUACGUCAUGGCUUCGACAAUCUGGGCUUUGAGCAGAAUCCAAAACGGAAAAUAUCGCAGAACCUUACUAAUUCACAGACUUCAGAUCAUUCUGAAAUUGGACCUGUGCACCGCAAAAGUAUCCUGCACAAUACUACCACUGACAAUGAAUCCCUGAACAGCCAUCAUUCCCAUGAUGCUAAAACUAACAAUGGCGAUGCACGACACAAGAAGCACUCCAUAUCCGAUAGCCACUACUCCCGGAGUCAUGCCUACGAUGAGAAUAAUCUAGAGCACUCCUGGAUUUACUCACUGUGCAUGCGUUGUCGAGUUACCUACAAUACGCCAUCCUGGGAACCUCCUCACUGGCAGAAGAUCUGUCCCUAUCCCCUAUGUCCAUCCUAUCGACAGUUUGCCAACCUGCUGUCCCUAGUUUUGAUUGGUGUGCUAAUAUGGGUGACAGCCUAUGCCAUUAUAGGAAAAUCUGCAGCACCUGGGGGCCAACUAUUCGGCUUAGUAGUGCUAACAGUAGCUGCAAAUUUUGGAGGAUGGAUCAUAUCCCUAACGACUCUACCUCGUUUAAUUGGAAUGCUACUCACGGGAAUUCUAUUCCAAAAUGUUGGCUGGGUUGAUCUCGAGGGAGAGUUUUCGCAUGUAACGGCGGAGCUUCGUAAAUUUGCUCUGGUCAUCAUCUUAGUUCGUGCCGGACUUGAGAUGGACCCCGAAGCAUUCAAGAAAGUCUAUAUCACAAUUCUCAAAUUAGGUCUUGUCCCAUGGACCGUAGAAGCCGUUAUUAUUGCCGUAAUGACACAUUUUCUACUUGGACUACCCUGGAUGUGGGCCUUUAUGCUAGGAUCAAUCAUUGCUGCUGUAUCUCCAGCCGUUGUAGUACCCUGCCUUUUUAGGCUUCGGACCAAAGGCUACGGCGUAGCCAAAGGUAUUCCUACACUUAUUGUCGCAGUAGCUGGAAUAGACGAUGCUGCAUCUGUAGCUGUCUUCGGUAUCAUCAGCAGUAUCAUGUUUUCAUCUGCAAGUUUGGGUUACCAAAUUGCCCAAGCUCCAGUAUGCAUCAUCGGUGGAUUAGGAUUUGGUGUAGUAUGGGGUCUUUUAGCACGAUUUGUACCUGAAAAAGGUGACCCCUAUGCCGUACCAAUCCGGACGCUAAUGCUUCUGGGUGGGGGUCUCUUGGCUGUAUUUGGCAGCGAAAUGAUAGGCUUCGAAGGGGCUGGACCCCUAGCUGUCGUAUUUGCUGCAUUUACCAGCAAUUACUUUUGGUGCCAACAGGGCUAUGAUAUGGAAGACAAUCCAGUAUCUACUGCCUUUGAGAUCUUCUGGAUGAUCUUCGAACCCAUUCUCUUUGGGAUCACAGGAGCAGCAGUUAAGAUCUCUGAAUUAGAUCCCGAAAUGGUUUACCUUGGCCUGGGAUGUCUCGUUACGAGCGGUGUAAUUAGGAUCUUGAGUACCAUUGCUAUUGCCUUUGGUGAUGGACUCAAUUGGAAGGAGAAGAUUUUUGUUGGUCUUUCAUGGUCAGCUAAAGCUACAGUUCAGGCUGCCCUUGGUCCUGUAGCCAUGAAAUACCUCACAGAUGAUUCUACAGAUGAAGAGAGGAGCUGGGCCGAUAAGACAUUAACACUUUGCGUACUUAGUAUUGUCUUAACAGCUCCACUUGGUGCUAUUCUUAUCUCCAUCACUGGUACAAAGUUGCUUACAAAAACAAGGCAACCACACAUUGUUGAAGGUUGGCGAAGGAGCCACCGACCAUCCCUCAGGGAUAUUAGCAUUAUCGACGAGGAGGAAGAACGCGAAGAUCCUGAGGAUGUUCCCGACAAAUCCACCCUCAAUAACACCAAAACCAACACUCAUGUCGCACCCAAUGAACCCGUGUUCACGGUCACAAAGUAAAUAUCAUCUCAUUAAGAUUAUCCUGCACUUAGUCCCCUUUAGGACUUAGCAUCCCUUUCCCCCCCUUUGCAUCCAUUGCAUCCUUUUUUUGAGAAAAGAAAAAAAAAACACAACCAUGUUAUACACAGUUAUACGAAAAGUUAUUAAUGUAAGAUUGUUCUAAAAAAUACUGAAGAAAUUUUCUUGUGAUAGAAAAUAAACCGAGAAUUUAGAUAAGAAA